AUGGCUCCUCAGCUCUCCUCCCUCGCUGCUUCUGCAGGGAUGUUCUUAGUUUUGGUUUUCACCAUAGCUCUGCUAGCGGUCACCCUCUACAUCGUCUGCAUUUUCACGUCCUUCGCCGUCUUCUGCAUCAGAGAGUUCGCCCAAAGAGCCCAGGACAGGCCACCACUCAUUGGGACCGUGUUCCGCCAGCUCAACAAUUUUGAUAGGAUCUUCGACGAGCAUGUGAAGUAUGCACUCCUGCACCCCACCAUCAGGCUGGUCUAUCCUGGGCACAGUGAGAUUUUAACCGCUGACCCAGUCGUCAUUGAGCAUGUCCUCAAGACAAACUUCAGUAACUACAGCAAGGGGGCCUUCAACAUUCAAAUCGUGAAGGAUCUCUUUGGGAAUGGAAUUUUUGCAACAGAUGGGGAGAAGUGGCGACACCAGAGGAAGCUAGCAAGCCACGAGUUCUCAACCAAAGUGCUACGUGAUUUCAGCAGUGAUGUUUUCAGACUGAAUGCUACAAAACUGUUAGAAAAGAUCUCAUCUGCAGCUGCUAACAGAACAAGCAUAAACAUGCAGGACCUUUUGAUGAGAACAACUAUGGAUUCAAUCUUUGAAGUGGGAUUCGGGUUUGAGCUUAACGCACUAUCUGGAUCAGAUGAAUCUAGCAUUGAAUUCAGCAAGGCCUUUGAUGAGGCAAAUUCUCUUGUUUACUAUCGGUAUGUUGAUAUGUUCUGGAAACUAAAAAGGCAUCUUAAUAUCGGGUCAGAAGCAAAACUCAAGAAGAGCAUAAAGAUAAUUGACAACUUUGUGAUACAGUUGAUCCAUCAAAAGAAAGAGAAAAUGAAGAAUGGAAGUGAUCAUAGAAUCAAAGGGGACAUACUAUCAAGAUUCAUACUGGAAAGCGAGAAGGACCCUGAGACGAUGAAUGAUCGUUACCUGCGUGACAUAGUCCUCAGUUUCCUGAUUGCUGGGAAAGAUACCACAGGAAAUACCCUUUCAUGGUUCUUCUACAUGCUCUGUAAGAACCCAGUAGUGCAGGACAAGAUUAAAUUUGAAAUCAGAGAAUCUGUUGACUGCAUACAAGAGGAUAACAUGGAAAUGUUCACUGCAAGAUUGAAACAAGGUGCUAUUGACAAAAUGCACUACCUCCAUGCUGCGAUUACUGAGACUCUCCGGCUGUAUCCUGGAGUUCCAGUGGAUGGUAAGAUGGCAGAUGAAGAUGAUGUACUACCUAACGGAUAUAGAGUGAUAAAAGGAGAUGGAAUGAACUACAUGAUUUAUGCCAUGGGGAGGAUGAAAUACCUUUGGGGUGAGGAUGCAGAAGAAUUCAGGCCAGAAAGAUGGCUAGCGAAUGGGGUCUUCCAGCAAGAGAGCCCUUACAAGUUCGUAGCUUUCAAUGCGGGGCCUCGUAUCUGCCUGGGGAAAGAAUUUGCAUACAGACAGAUGAAAGUCGUGGCUGCUACCCUGCUAAAUUUCUUCAGGUUCAAACUGGAAGAUGAAUCCAAGGGUCCAAUAUACAAGCCAAUGUUUACCCUCCACAUGGACAAAGGCCUUCAUCUAUUUGUGUACCCAAGUAAAAUUCCAGCUUAA